AAGGCAUUUGUAGUGCACAACCGCGUCAAGGUGUUAUGUUUCUGUCAUAAAUAUUUAUAUUGUUUUACACAAACUAAUUGAUGGUUAUUUACUAACAAUAAUGAAUACCGAGUGAAUUGUUUGUUUAUGUUGAUCGUUUGUUUAGAAACAAUCCUUAUUGGACAAACUGUUUUGCUCAACAUUCAACAGAUUUCGGCUUUUUUAUUCGUUAAAGAUGGACCCCAAACAUAAGAAGUUCCUCCGUUCUCAGCGGCUGCAGUUGGCCGAUGAGAUUUUAGUGGACGAUACGAUUGUUCAGUAUUUAUAUCAGGAGGACAUCUUAACGCAGAGCCAUUUAGAGGAAAUUCAGUGCGAGUCUUCUAACAGAAGGAAAGUGUUAAAGCUGCUGGAUAUUCUACCCACGCGCGGCUCGCGCGCUUUCCAUCAUUUUAUCAAAUCUCUAGAGAAAGAGUUUCCCUGGAUCAAAGACUCUUUACUGCAACUGUGUGAUGAAGAAGACAGCGAGCCUCCUCCGCCCUUCACAGUUCAAUGUGGCCUUCCUGACCAGAUCCUUUCGACAGUCCCAACCACACAGCAUCUGAACCAUCUGGCUGCAUGUCUCGGUCCCGAGUGGAAGUCGAUCUUGCUGGACAUGGGCCUUUCCUCGGCAGAUUUGUAUCGCUGCUGUGCCGACCACCCCCUUUCGAUUCAGAGCCAGGUGCUGGCGGGUCUUGUGAUGUGGACGCAGAGGAACGGAAGAAAGGCCACGGUGCAACUGCUGCUCCAGAGCCUGCAGGCCGUAGAUGUUCCACCAUCUGUCCUUAAACAGGUUCAUGGGCCCAAUCACAACGCUUGAGGGAAGAAGACCAAUGACAUCCAGCUGUGACGCACUGCACACACCUGCAAUAAUGAUACAAUGUGACUCCACCGUUGAAAGUUGAG